ACUUAGGGUCGUCGAUAUCUAAUAAAGAGUCAGAGUCAGAAGAUCCAACUGGAGUACAAGAAUAUUGUGCACCAGAACAAUUAUUGGAAGAUGAUGUAGAUAAAAUUAAAAAGCAAUUUUUGGAAGUUGACGAUGUAAAUGAAAUUAAAAAACACUUUUCGGAAGCUGACGAAAUAAUUAAAAAGCAAUCGUCGGAAACCGAUGAAAUAAUUAAAACACAGAAUAUAUAUAGUAGCAAACUUAUAAAGGCAAAAGAAAUAAAAAGCAAGCUUCAAAUCUUAAGUCAAAAGAUAGAGCCCAUUGAAAUUCAAG